AUGGGAAAAGGAAGCAACGCUUGUAAAAGAAACCAAGCAAGGGAGAGGAAGAAUGUUGAAGUAAAAGCUGGGAAGUCUCAGUUGAAAGCCAACAAAGAAGCUCUAAAUGUCAUUUGCAAAGUGUGUUAUACAGUUUUUAUGCAGACACAAAGCAUUGCACAAUUAGCUGAACAUGCCCAAAAUAAGCAUAAUAAGGAUGUAAAGGAAUGUUUUCCUGAUAAAUUUUAA